AUGUAUCCCACGAGGAUACUCCGAGCGCACGGCGAGAAGCCAAACAUCACCGGUUUCGACGUCAGAAAGUUCGCACAUUCGGCCGGACAACCGAGAUACGAUCCCUGGGAGCGAGCGUCAGUCAACCUCUAUUAUUCCCACUUAUCCCAAUCACCUUCCAGCCGAGAAGAUAUCAAACAGGAAGCAUGGCGAUACACAGGACAAUUCUCGCGAUGGAACCGAUUCAAGAACGGCUUCCCCGGUCUAGGCAUUGCGACCGUAGCCUUCGCGGUGUAUCUCGGAUAUGAGCAUUUCUUCCUCAAGGAUGACCACCACCAUGGCGAAGGACACGGCGAGGAACACCAUUGA